UGGGGGUGAGGAGCCAGGCUUUGAGGGAAGAAGCAAGGGAAGAGGAAAAAGGAGCCAUCUGUUCCUGUAGUCUCACAUCAGAGGAGGAAGAGAGCGAGAGCUGACGCUGCACAAGAGAACCAAGGGAUGAAGAGUGACAUCACACUCCAAGACCUGAAGAUUUGAAUCCAGUCAAUGUUUAAAACAGAAAAUCAUGUUGUCAAGAUGAAGACGUGGAUUCUUUUGUUGUGCCUGAGCGACACAUGGAUGUGGACACGCUCCACUGCUGCUGUGACCUCGACACCCCCGUCUGCACAUGUGACACCCACUGAAGAUGACAACACCCACCUGCUGGACUGGCUGAUGAAGUACGGCUACCUGCCGCCCUCAGACACGUCCACUGGGCAGCUUCAAGCCUGGACAGCAGUCACUGAUGCUGUCAAGGCCAUGCAGAGGUUUGCAGGCCUCACAGACACUGGGGUUCUUGAUGAGGAGACGAUGGUGUUGAUGAAAAGUCCACGCUGCUCCCUACCUGACCACGAGGAAACAUCCAAAUCUCUGGACAAGCAAGAGAGGAGACACAGGAGGAGGAGGAGGAGGAGGAGGAGCAGCACCUCCAUGUGGACACACAGGAACAUUAACUGGAGGUUACACUCGUACCCGUCCUCCUCUCGUCUGUCCAGAGAGACAGUCCGCUCACUGGUCUUCUAUGCUUUAAGAGUGUGGUCAGAACCAACACCUCUGGACUUCCAUGAGGUAAGCAAUCCAGGGACAGCUGACCUGUUGGUGGACUUCCUUCAUGGUUACCACGGUGACGGCUAUCCCUUUGAUGGGGCAGGUGGUGCAGUCGGCCACGCCUUUUUCCCAACAGACCCAACUCGUGCGGGUGGAGUUCACUUGGAUGCAGAGGAGGAGUGGGCCUUCAGACAGCCAGCCUCUGAGGGCACUGACCUGUUCACAGUACUGGUCCAUGAGUUUGGCCAUGCUCUGGGUCUGGCCCACUCCUCAUCCCGCCACUCAGUGAUGAGGCCGUACUACCAGGGUCCUGCUGGAGACCCCCUCCACUACCGCCUGGGACCCCAUGAUGUGGAGCACAUCACCCAGCUCUAUGGUCAAAGGAACCAGCUACAACCGAACAACGCUCCUCGCGUCACACCAGAGACUCACAACAGAGGCACUCACCAACCUCAUCACAAAUAUGGCUCCCUCAUCGAUCGCUGUAACACCAGUUUUGAUGCUGUGACGAGGAUCCGAGGAGAGACUUUCUUCUUCAAAGGUCAGACCAUGUGGCGGGUCAGUGGAGCAGGUCUGGUGUCGGGUGGCGGGGUUCUGGUCAGGAGGCUGUGGAGGGGUCUACCUCCCGACCUGCCUCGUCUCACUGCUGUGCUGGAGAGACAGUCAGAUCAUGCCAUCAUCUUCAUCAGUGGUUCACAAUUCUGGCUCUUUAGUGAUCUCACCCUGCAGGACGGCUUCCCCCAGCCCCUCUCUCGCUUGAUCAGAGCAGAUGAUGAUGAUGAUGAUGAUGAUGAUGACGACGAGAAGCAGGAGGUGGCCACGAGGAGGUGGGGCCUGGUCUGGGACCCAGAGGACGGACCCAUGUGGGGCGACAAAGGAGAAGCUGGCAGUGAAAAAAGACAGGGGGACACUUGGACUCAGCUGCUUCAAGAGGGAGUCAGUGGCAUCACCACAGACAGCAAUGGUUCAGUCUUUCUCUUUAAAGGAGAUUCUUACUGGAAGUUCUCAUCUCCUGGCUCUUCACCCGAGGACGGAUACCCGCGUUCCUCGGCUGCAGACUGGCUCGACUGCCCCGACUCCACCUCAUUCUCACCCAUCGUGGAUGAUCGCUCCUUGUCGCUGUCGCCACCUGCAGGAAGACAGGAGCUCAGGGAGAGAUGGAGGGAGGUGAGAGAGGAGGAGGGAGCAGGAGGAAGGAGGGAGCAUGACAAGGACACACAGGGAAAUCCUCAGGAGAGAGGCUCACAUAUCUGGACUCAGUGUGCUUGCCAAAAUGGAGCGACUGGCCCUGGUAUAUCUCUGUGCACAUCGUGUGCAUCAUCAACGCGCAGCGCAGACUUUGGAAUCGUGCGCGAGGAGCACGAUGGCUGCACACGAAGAAACAGAAGAAGAAGUCGCCAAGAAUCAUCCCAACCUCGACCUUUCAGCUGUGAGCCGCUCGAUCAGACGUGUCCUCUUCUUCUUUAGUAGGAAUGUACUUGUACUGCCACCUGAUGGUGAAGUCAGAUACUACAGGACUCUGAUGCACGAGUAUACCAGGGCCUUUACACCAAUCCUUAAAAGUAACACCGUGUAGGCUCUGCUCUCGGUGGCUCCUCCCACAGUUGGUAAACGUUAUUGUUUGUUACAAGUGUCAAAUAUUUGUAGGGGUACAGUAGCCUAUGUUAUAGCAUUGUAUACAAAUGUGUGUCAUACAUGCAGUCAGUGCAGACCUGAAUCAUCAAAACAAUUAUUCGAAGGUUCAAAUCCUACACUGGUUUCUGUUGUACUUGAAGGACAGUGUGUUCAUUAGUAACUGUGUAAGUGUUUUUAUCUUUGGACAGAGCCCUGUUAGCUCACUGCUUUAUAAUCAGCUCCGAAGAAUGCAACGCAACAUCUCUGUUCCAUAAUUCUGCAGUUGUAGCCAAUUAUACAUCACAUAACUUAACUUAUACAUAAAUGAUGUCGCCCUAAAGUGUCAGUGUAUAAUAAAGAAAUAAAAUAAUCAAACUGA